AUGGACGUGGACGUAGACGUGGACGUAGACGUGGACGUGGACGUGGACGUGGACAUGGACGUGGACAUGGACGUGGACAUGGACGUGGACGUGGACAUGGACGUGGACGUGGACAUGGACGUGGACGUAGACGUGGACGUGGACGUGGACGUGGACGUGGACGUGGACGUGGACGUGGACGUGGACGUGGACGUGGACAUGGACGUGGACAUGGACAUGGACGUGGACAUGGACGUGGACGUGGACGUGGACGUGGACGUGGACGUGGACGUGGACGUGGACAUGGACGUGGACGUGGACGUGGACGUGGACGUAGACGUAGACGUGGACGUGGACGUAGACAUGGACGUGGACGUGGACAUGGACGUGGACGUGGACGUGGACGUGGACGUGGACGUGGACGUCGACGUGGACAUGGACGUGGACAUGGACGUGGACGUGGACGUGGACGUGGACGUGGACGUGGACGUGGACGUGGACGUGGACAUGGACGUGGACGUGGACGUGGACGUGGACGUGGACGUGGACGUGGACGUGGACGUAGAAAUGGACGUGGACGUGGACGUGGACAUGGACGUGGACGUGGACGUGGACAUGGACGUGGACGUGGACGUGGACGAGGACGUGGACGUGGACGUGGACGUGGCCGUGGACGUGGACAUGGACGUGGACGUGGACGUGGACGUGGACGUAGACGUGGACGUAGACGUGGACGUGGACGUGGACGUGGACGUAGACGUGGACGUGGACGUAGACAUGGACGUGGACGUGGACAUGGACGUGGACGUGGACGUGAACGUGGACGUGGACGUGGACGUGGACGUGGACGUGGACAUGGACGUGGACAUGGACGUGGACGUGGACGUGGACGUGGACGUGGACGUGGACGUGGACGUGGACGUGGACAUGGACGUGGACGUGGACGUGGACGUGGACGUGGACGUGGACGUGGACGUGGACGUGGACGUGGACGUAGAAAUGGACGUGGACGUGGACGUGGACAUGGACGUGGACGUGGACGAGGACAUGGACGUGGACGUGGACGUGGACGUGGACGUGGACGAGGACGUGGACGUGGACGUGGACGUGGACGUGGCCGUGGACGUGGACAUGGACGUGGACGUGGACGUGGAUGUGGACGUGGACGUGGACGUGGACAUGGACGUGGACGUGGACGUAGAAAUGGACGUGGACAUGGACGUUGACGUGGACAUGGACGUGGACAUGGACAUGGACGUGGACGUGGACGUGGACGUGGACAUGGACGUGGACGUGGACGUGGACGUGGACAUGGACGUGGACGUGGACGUGGACGUGGACAUGGACGUGGACAUGGACGUGGACAUGGACGUGGAAGUGGACAUGGACGUGGACAUGGACGUGGACAUGGACGUGGACAUGGACAUGGACGUGGACAUGGACGUGGACAUGGACGUGGACGUGGACGUGGACAUGGACGUGGACAUGGACGUGGACAUGGACGUGGACAUGGACAUGGACGUGGACAUGGACGUGGAAGUGGACGUGGACAUGGACGUGGACAUGGACAUAGACGUGGACGUGGACGUGGACGUGGACGUGGACGUGGACUUGGACGUGGACGUGGACGUGGACGUGGACGUGGACGUGGACAUGGACGUGGACUUGGACGUGGACGUGGACGUGGACGUGGACGUGGACAUGGACGUGGACGUGGACGUGGACGUGGACGUAGAAAUGGACGUGGACGUGGACGUGGAUAUGGACGUGGACGUGGACGUGGACCUGGACAUGGACGUGGACGUGGACGAGGACGUGGACGUGGACGUGGACGUGGACGUGGACAUGGACGUGGACGUGGACGUGGACGUGGACGUGGACAUGGACGUGGAAGUGGACGUGGACAUGGACGUGGACGUGGACAUGGACGUGGACGUGGACAUGGACGUGGACGUGGACGUUGACAUGGACGUGGACACAUGGACACGUGGACACAUGGACGUGGACAUGGACGUGGACGUGGACGUGGACGUGGACGUGGACGUGGACGUGGACGUGGACAUGGACGUGGACGUGGACGUGGAUGUGGACGUGGACGUAGACGUAGACGUGGACGUGGACGUAGACAUGGACGUGGACGUGGACAUGGACGUGGACGUGGACGUGGACGUGGACGUGGACGUCGACGUCGACGUGGACAUGGACGUGGACAUGGACGUGGACGUGGACGUGGACGUGGACGUGGACGAGGACGUGGACUUUGACGUGGACGUGGACGUGGACGUGGACGUGGACGUGGACAUGGACGUGGACGUGGACGUGGACGUGGACGUGAACGUGGACGUGGACGUGGACGUGGACGUGGACGUGGACAUGGACGUGGACAUGGACGUGGACGUGGACGUGGACGUGGACGUGGACGUGGACGUGGACGUGGACGUGGACAUGGACGUGGACGUGGACAUGGACGUGGACGUGGACGUGAACGUGGACGUGGACGUGGACGUGGACGUGGACGUGGACGUGGACGUGGACGUGGACGUGGACAUGGACGUGGACGUGGACAUGGACGUGGACGUGGACGUGAACGUGGACGUGGACGUGGACGUGGACGUGGACGUGGACAUGGACGUGGACAUGGACGUGGACGUGGACGUGGACGUGGACGUGGACGUGGACGUGGACGUGGACGUGGACAUGGACGUGGACGUGGACGUGGACGUGGACGUGGACGUGGACGUGGACGUGGACGUGGACGUAGAAAUGGACGUGGACGUGGACGUGGACAUGGACGUGGACGUGGACGAGGACAUGGACGUGGACGUGGACGUGGACGUGGACGUGGAGGACGAGGACGUGGACGUGGACGUGGACGUGGCCGUGGACGUGGACAUGGACGUGGACGUGGACGUGGAUGUGGACGUGGACGUGGACGUGGACAUGGACGUGGACGUGGACGUAGAAAUGGACGUGGACAUGGACGUUGACGUGGACAUGGACGUGGACAUGGACAUGGACGUGGACGUGGACGUGGACGUGGACAUGGACGUGGACGUGGACGUGGACGUGGACAUGGACGUGGACGUGGACGUGGACGUGGACAUGGACGUGGACAUGGACGUGGACAUGGACGUGGAAGUGGACAUGGACGUGGACAUGGACGUGGACAUGGACGUGGACAUGGACAUGGACGUGGACAUGGACGUGGACAUGGACGUGGACGUGGACGUGGACAUGGACGUGGACAUGGACGUGGACAUGGACGUGGACAUGGACAUGGACGUGGACAUGGACGUGGAAGUGGACGUGGACAUGGACGUGGACAUGGACAUAGACGUGGACGUGGACGUGGACGUGGACGUGGACGUGGACUUGGACGUGGACGUGGACGUGGACGUGGACGUGGACGUGGACAUGGACGUGGACUUGGACGUGGACGUGGACGUGGACGUGGACGUGGACAUGGACGUGGACGUGGACGUGGACGUGGACGUAGAAAUGGACGUGGACGUGGACGUGGAUAUGGACGUGGACGUGGACGUGGACCUGGACAUGGACGUGGACGUGGACGAGGACGUGGACGUGGACGUGGACGUGGACGUGGACAUGGACGUGGACGUGGACGUGGACGUGGACGUGGACAUGGACGUGGAAGUGGACGUGGACAUGGACGUGGACGUGGACAUGGACGUGGACGUGGACAUGGACGUGGACGUGGACGUUGACAUGGACGUGGACACAUGGACGUGGACAUGGACGUGGACGUGGACGUGGACGUAG